CAUCAAUCAUAUGUUGACGCCAAUAAGAAGAAGACUCAAAAUAUUGACAAUGGAAAACUAGACAACUGUUUGCGUGGACGUUUUUUUUAAUACUAAAGCAAAAUGAAUGAGGCCGAUAUACCUAUUGAUAUCCAUACUCUUAAAUUGCAAGAUUGGCUGGUUAGCAGGCGAAUUGUGCCCAAAAACAUUCAGGCCAAUCUGAAAGAUAUUCGUUCGAAGAUUACUUCUGCUCUCAUGGACAUGCCAUCACACGAGAAACUUAUUGAACUUUUAAAGGGAACAAACAUCAACUAUUAUCAUUGUAAGGAAAUCAUAGAAAUUCUAAAACAAACUGAAAAGGAUACCAAGGGUCUUUUCGGUAGUUAUGGCAGUAAGCGCAUGAAGGAUUGGCAAGAGAUUGUGCGCCUUUAUGAGAAGGACAACAUCUAUUUGGCAGAGACAGCUCAGAUUUAUGUGCGUAAUGUCAACUAUGAGGUGCCAAAUGUUCGCAAACAAAUGACAAAGCUGGAGCAGCAAAGUGAUGAAAGCCUUAAGCGCAGCAUUGAUUUGGCUAAACCGGAGGCGCAACUUUUGAAUGAACAUGCUGCCUUGCUACAGCAAAUUGGGGUGAAAGGAGAAAACCUUAGGGAGGAAUUUACCCAAGUACUAUUGGGUUUGCCUGAUAUUUAUGCCAAGAGUAUAAAGAAAGUUGGCACUUUAGAUCAAGCAUUGGAUUUGUAUGCCACGACCAGCGGACAAACGAAGCAACAAUGUUUGCCCAUUACCAGACAUCUCAUGGAGUUGGGUAAUACCACUGUUUAUCAAUACAUACACAAAGAGGCUCCACUCUCCGUAGAAGAACCGCCAAUAAAACUUAACUUGAGCCAAGAACACGAAGCGAAGAGUAACGACAAUGAAAUUGAUUUUGGUGAUGAUAAUGGCGGUGCUUCUUCCACCAUCUCUGGAGAAAUGAUCGAUUUCGGUGAACUUAACCUUGAGAGUGGCGGGGAAACUAUUGAUUUUGGUGACACCGGCGAGGGUGGUGACAUUGAUUGGGGUAUCGAAAGUUCUCCAACCGAAAACGUGGAGGUUAAUUUCGAUAUUCCAAUUGAAGAAUAUGGAAUUGUGGUCGAAGGUGCUGGCAUGGAUGGUGGUGUAGCUAAGGGGGAUCAGGCCUACACCAUUCUCGAUUCUCCCAAUUACCGGGAACGUUUUACUGAUGAGCUGUAUGAACUCGAAGCAUUCCUUCGUAUGCGUUGCUAUGAACUAAGACAAGUAAAUGCUAACAGCAAUGUUAUGUUUUCUCUCAUGGAAUCAAUUUCUACUCACGAUGAGGAAUCCCUUAAAAAAAUGCUCUCAAAUGUUGAAGCCAUUCUGUCGGAAAUUAGCAAUGAACAAACUCGCCAUCUUUUCCAAUUAAAACAUUCGCCAAAAUACGCAGAUCUUUUGGCUUCAAAACUGAAACAAAUGAUAAAGGCAGUAGAGAAAAUAAGACUCACCAAACAAGUUCUUAAGGAUCGUUCUGUUGAAUUAAAAGAGCAACGACUCGCUCUUAAUCCUGUGCUCGAGGAAUUGGUGGCACAAACGAAAAAUUUACAAACUAAAAUUGAGCAGGAUAUAUCGAAGCGCUAUAAGAAUCGUGUAGUAAAUUUGUUGGGCGGUGUAUAGAUGAUACUUUUAC